CUCCUCUUGAUGAAAAUAAUUAGGAAAAUUAAUUAAAUCAUUGAUCAGAAUGCCUCCACAGCCUUCUCCCUCUAUAAAACCCCAGCCUGCGUCUUCUUCCACCUCUGCUUGACUCCCCCCACCACUCUUGCUCGGCCCACCACCAUUGACACAGAGAUCAUGAAGAGAUCCCCUCCCGCCCCUCCUCCUCCUCAGCCGUCUCCUUCUUCCUCCUCGCCGGCAUGCUCGCCUUCCCCGUCGUCGUCAUCGUCUCCGUCCUCCUCUGACUCUUCAUCGAUCGCCAUUCCCCGCAAGAGAGCACGGACGCAGAAGGCCGCAAGCAGCAAGGCCAAGGGGGCGGCCAAGAGGCCCAAGAGAGACGCCAGCCGGAGCAGCAAGGAGCCCGACGCCCCCUCCAAUGGCGCCGCCGCCGCCGGGAAGAGGAGCUCCAUCUACAGGGGAGUCACAAGGCACAGAUGGACAGGCAGAUUUGAGGCGCAUCUCUGGGACAAGAACUGCUUCACUUCCAUCCAGAACAAGAAGAAAGGGAGGCAAGUCUAUCUGGGGGCUUAUGAUACAGAGGAGGCAGCUGCUCGCGCAUAUGACCUUGCAGCUCUGAAAUAUUGGGGUCCUGAGACAAUACUCAAUUUCUCAGUGGACGACUAUGCCAAAGAGAGGUCAGAGAUGGAGGCCGUCUCAAGGGAGGAGUACCUCGCCGCCCUCCGCCGCCGGAGCAGCGGCUUCUCAAGGGGGGUGUCCAAGUACCGGGGCGUCGCCAGGCACCACCACAAUGGGCGGUGGGAGGCGCGGAUUGGACGGGUGCUGGGGAACAAGUACCUCUACCUGGGAACCUUUGAUACCCAAGAGGAAGCAGCCAAGGCUUAUGAUCUUGCAGCCAUCGAAUACCGAGGAGCCAAUGCUGUAACCAAUUUUGACAUUAGCUGCUACCUGGACCAGCCGCAGUUACUCGCACAGCUGCAGCAAGGGCCACAGGUGGUGCCAGCAUUGCAAGAGGAACUUCAACAUGACCUCCAAAGUGACAAUGCAGUCCAAGAGCUCAGUUCAGAUGAAGCGCAGAUGCCUGGCGCCGUCGAUGAGCCGAUUGCAGCAAACGACAGCACUGAAAGCAUCAAUGCGCCCCUUGUUUUUGACUACAGCAUCGAGGAGAACCUCUGGAGCCCUUGCAUGGAUUAUGAAUUGGACUCUAUUUUGGGGACUAAUAUCAGCAACUCGAUGGAUCUGAGUGAGUGGUUCAAUGAUGCCGCCUUCGAGGGCAACAUGGGGUGCCUGUUUGAAGGAAGCUCCAACAUCGACGACUGCAGCAGCAAACAUGGUGCAGAUUUGUCAGCAUUUGAUUUUUUUAAGGAAGGCGACGAUAAGCAGAAGGAUGUUUCAAACAUGGAAAGAGAAAUAACUCCUCAAGCAAAUGAUGUCUCCUGCCCUCCAAAAAUGAUCACUGUGUGUAAUUGAGCGUGAGCGUCUAUGUGUUCUUAUAUCUCAGGAAGUUUUCAGGUUUUCAUGUUGGGUAUACUUCUUAGUUUAGUUUCUUGUAGGCUGUCUGAUCAUGUCGGAGAGAUUCAUGUGUUCAUUCCUCCCCAUCCUUUGAGAAAACCCAAAGGCAUUCAGCUUGGUAUGACAUGAGAACCAGUGUUCCUUUUUUAUCUUCUAAAGUUUAACCAAUUACAAUAUAUGAUAACUUAGAAGUUACAUUUC